AAAUUAAAAAUGAAGAAUGAGAUUAGGUAUCGAACAAAUUUGUUUGACUGUCAGCCAUUUUUUGGGGAUGAAAAUCAGGACUGUUGUUGAUAAGGCAUUAGAUGGGAUCAGCUGAAGAGAAUGACUGAAUCUACUGUCGCAUCUCAAGUUAAAACAGCAAAUUACUGUUUAUAUCAGAAUGUUUAUGUCCGACCUCCCUUAGUGGGAAUCGUAUCUCGUUGCUGGAAGGAAUCACGGUGAUUCGAAUUCGCUCAGGGCUCGUGGUUUUUCUUGGUUUUGGAAGCGAUACCGUUAAGGAUAAAGUCAAACAUAAAGAAAAAGACAGGCAAGCGGUGCACGUCAGCACGUGAGUCCUUAACUGGGUAGACGGAGAAUUACAUUCCCGACAUUCUUUUGCUUCUUUUCCGGCGAAGGAGGGCGAAAGAGCAGCGCCUGAUAUGGCUUCUUGGAAUUCAGGUCCGCUUGAAGUCGUUUACGAAUUACUGGGCUGGUUCGCUUUCGCCUGCUGGUCUGUCAGUUUCUACCCUCAAGUUAUUUUGAAUCUUCGCCGCAAAAGUGUUGUGGGGCUUAACUUUGAUUUCGCCUUGUUGAAUCUGAUGAAGCACUCUUCCUAUCUGAUCUACAACGCCUCCAUGUACUUCAAUUCCGCUGUUCAGAAGCAGUAUUUUGAGAAAUACGGCUAUGGAGAGAUGAUACCUGUGGCGGCAAAUGACGUUGCUUUUUCAGCCCAUGCUGUCCUGCUCACUGCAAUCACCUUGUUCCAAGUUUUAAUAUAUGAACGUGGAACUCAGAAGGUCUCGAAAGUUGCUAUUGGAAUUGUCUCAGUGGUAUUGCUUACCGCAGCAGUUUGUUUCUUCAUGGCUUUGCCUACACACUCCUGGCUUUGGCUUAUCUCCAUCUUCAACACAAUCCAAGUAUGCAUGACAGUCAUAAAAUAUGUUCCUCAGGCAAUCAUGAACUUCAUGAGAAAAAGCACGGACGGCUUCAGCAUUGGUAACAUUUUGCUUGAUUUUUCUGGAGGCAUAUCAAACUAUGGACAGAUGGUUGUGCAGUCCAUAGAUCAAGGUUCUUGGGUCAACUUUUAUGGGAACAUAGGAAAAUUGUUGCUGUCUCUGGUGAGUGUAUCGUUUGACAUAUUUUUCAUAUGUCAACAUUACGUGUUUUAUCCUGCCCAGAAAGGUGUGAAAUCAGUGGCCUCUGUGGAACCUGAGAAUGAAAUCAAAGAGCAUCUUGUGCGGUGUUCUGAUGAAGCAGCUGCAGCAGAGAAUUUGUGAGGCGUCGUUUACUUCACAUUUGAUCGUGCAUUCUUCCACAGAUUGGGUAAAGAAAUGGAUGGCCUUUUACAUUCCAGUCACCAUCAGAAUUAUCCAGUUCAGUCUCCUAGUUAAUCUUUUAUAAAUGCUGUGUAUAUGUAAUCUGUUAUUUUUCAAGAAUGAUCCCUGAGAUUGCUUCUCUCAUGAAUGCUGUAAUUUUCAAGCAUCAUCGCUAUGAUUCGAUACUGUGUUUGUUA